AUGCAGUAUGGAUUGGAUUGGAUUGACACAACUCAAUUCAAUCCAAUCCGGUUCAUCAUCAAUGAUAUCAAUCCAAUAACUCUAUGCCAUUUGCAAUUGCUACAGCAAAUUCCCGGAUUUAACCUUGGCUCAUCAUAUCAAUUACUAGAUGAGCCCUUCAAGACAAGAGAUUUGAUAAUCUCUUGGGUACCCAUCAGGUGUUCCAGGUCUUCAUUGACCCUGGUCAUCAAAACCUCCACGAGGGCUGUAGCAUCAGAAUUCUGA